AUGUCGCCGUCGACAGUCCGCAACAAGGUCACCCCGCCUUAUCAAAGACCAGAUCUACACAUCCAUGGCAUUGGUGUUGAAUAUCCUCCCUACGAAAUCCGGCCGGAGCACCUGGCCACUCUGGCCAGGCGCUUUUAUCCCAGCUCCCCAGCCCUCGACAAGGUGCUGACCAUCAACGAGUACACCGGCAUUGACUCUCGUUCAGCCAUUGGAAAUAUCGACCAUCCUAUCGCCAAUACGCCCGAGGCCCCCACCAUCGCCCAACAGUGUGACCUCUUCUUCGAUCAUGGAAUAAAGCUGUCCGUGGCAGCUUGUCGCAAGGCGUUGGAGCAAUGGGGAGGUGACCUGUCCGAGAUCACCCAUGUCGUCGCCACCACCUGCACCAAUUCCGCCAAUCCUGGCUAUGAUCAUUAUGUGGUCAAGGAGCUCGGUCUCAAUCUCGGCAUAGAGAAAGUCUUGCUGCACGGAGUGGGCUGUUCCGGUGGGCUAGCAGCCUUGCGAACGGCUGCCAACAUCGCUCUUGGCUCGAGUUUUCGACGAAAACCGGCGCGGAUACUCGUCUUGGCCUGCGAGAUCUCGAGCACACUCGUACGGUCAGAGUUGGAUUCUAUCCACAAGAAUCAAGAGGUCAGGAUAGGUGUGACGCUCUUCAGCGACUGCGCAUCGGCCGUGGUACUAGGCAACGGGUUCAGCGAUCGCUAUGACGAGGAGCCCAUAUUGGAGCUGCUCGGUUGGGACCACAGAAUCAUUGAGAAUAGCGAGAAGGACCUAGGAUUCAACGUGGAUCCACUCGGUUGGAAGGUCGUGUUGACGCAGAGAGUCCCGAAACUCGCGGCGGCCGCUGUCCCCGCGAUGUUUGACGAUCUGGUCGGAUCAAUCCCCGAGCUCGUCGACCUGGGCAAAUUCCAAGCGUCCGAGUAUGACUGGGCUCUUCAUCCUGGCGGAUCUACCGUCAUCACCGGCGUGGAAAAGGCCAUGCGUCUGCAGCCCGAACACCUCCGAGCGAGCUAUGAGAUAUACAUCAGUCAUGGCAACAGUUCCAGUGCCACCAUCUUUAGCGUCAUGAACCGACUCAUCGAAGGAGACACGACGGAUCACAUCGUGGGUUGUGCCUUUGGUCCCGGGAUUGCCGUGGAGAUGAUGAUGUUCAAACGAAGCCAUAAAGAUUCGAGUUCUGGAACCGAGAGUCCCACCGAGACUUUGGUGGCAGAAGAUGUUGAUUGA